AUGGGUGUUAAAGGUUUAAAUCAAUUACUUAAAGAUAAAUCUCCAAAUGCUAUAAAAGAGUUUCAAUUAAAGAAUCUAUUUGGUAGAAAAGUUGCAAUUGAUGCUUCUAUGUGUUUAUAUCAAUUUUUAAUUUCAGUUAGACAAUCUGAUGGUCAACAAUUAACAAAUGAAGAAGGUGAAACAACAUCUCAUUUAUCUGGUAUAUUUUAUAGAACUAUUAAAUUAGUUGAAAAUAAUAUUAAACCAGUUUAUGUAUUUGAUGGUAAACCACCAGUUUUAAAAGGUGGUGAAUUAGAAAAACGUUAUUUGAAAAGAGAAAAAGCCGAAAAGGAUAGAGAAGCUAUAAAAGAUGAUGGAUCAGUAGCAGAUAUAUUAAAAUUUGAUAAAAGAUUAGUUAAAGUAUCACAAGAUCAAAAUGAUGAAGCUAAAAAAUUACUUGAAUUAAUGGGUAUACCCAUUGUUGAUGCACCGUGUGAAGCUGAAGCUCAAUGUGCUGAAUUAGCACGAGCAGGUAAAGUUUAUGCCGCUGCUAGCGAAGAUAUGGAUACUUUAUGUUAUGAUCCACCAUAUAUGUUAAGACAUUUAACAUUUGCUGAAGCUAGAAAAAUCCCAAUUGAUCAAAUUGCACAUAAAGAAGCCAUGGAAGGCUUAGACUUGACAAAAGCAGAAUUUGUUGAUUUAUGUAUAUUAUUAGGUUGUGAUUAUUGUGAAACUAUAAAAGGUGUUGGUCCAGUAACUGCUUAUAAAUUAAUUAAAGAACAUGGUAAUUUAGAAAAUAUAAUCAAAUUUAUAAAAGAGUCUCCAAAAUCUAAAUUUAUAGUACCUGAAAAUUGGCCAUUUAAUGAAGCAAGAAAAUUAUUUAUGGAUCCUGAUAUUACACCGGGUGAAAAAAUAAAAUUAACAUGGAAAGAACCAGAUGUUAAUGGUUUAAUUGAAUUUAUGGUUAAACAAAAAGGUUUUAGUGAAGAAAGAAUUACAAAUGGUGCUGAUAAGUUGAAAAAGGGAUUAAAAGGUGGUGUUCAAGGAAGAUUAGAUGGAUUCUUUACAGUUGUAAAGAACGACACUCCAAAAAGAAAAGCUGAUGAUAAAAAAGAAAAGUCAAACAAACGUAAAAAGAAGUAG